UAGGGACCUCGGUCUUUGGCCUGGGGUUCCCCGGACGACCGGUUCUUGAUGUGAAACUCCAGUUGGUUCUGUCGCUGUCUUGUGCAUCCAGCGGCGGGAAGGAGUAUCAGAUCCGUGAAGGUGUGGUGAGCCGGAGGUCAGCAAAGAUGCUCCCAGGCUGAAGGAACAACUCAGAGAGCUGUUUUUUGGCUGGACCACACUCCCAUCCUGGGCUGCUUUUGCUGUCUUCUAAGUCUGGAGUGGCACCCACACUCCUCUCUCACACUGCCACCUUGUCUCUGGGCAGCAGCAGCGUCCAUGGAGCAAAAGGAAUGCCAGGACCCAGUGCAUCCAGACAGGGACCAGCCUCAGCACCAGCAGCCAACACGAAGAUAGCAGAGCCACCUCAGGGUUAAACCAUGAUCCCGGUGACAGAGCUCCGCUACUUUGCGGACACGCAGCCAGCUUACCGGAUCCUGAAGCCAUGGUGGGAUGUGUUUACUGACUACAUCUCCAUCGUCAUGCUGAUGAUUGCUGUCUUUGGGGGGACGCUGCAAGUCACCCAGGAUAAAAUGAUCUGCCUACCCUGUAAGUGGGUCACCAAAGACUCCUGCAACGACUCCUUUCGAGGCUGGGCGGAGCCCACUUACCCCAACUCCACAGUUGCACCGACUCCCGACACAGGCCCCACAGGGAUCAAGUACGACUUAGACCGCCACCAGUACAACUACGUGGAUGCUGUGUGCUAUGAGAACCGCCUACACUGGUUUGCCAAGUACUUCCCCUACCUCGUGCUCCUGCACACCCUCAUCUUCCUGGCCUGUAGCAACUUCUGGUUCAAGUUUCCACGCACCAGUUCAAAGUUGGAGCACUUUGUGUCUAUCCUGCUAAAGUGCUUUGAUUCGCCGUGGACCACAAGGGCCCUGUCAGAGACGGUGGUGGAGGAGAGUGACCCCAAGCCCGCAUUCAGCAAGAUGAAUGGCUCCAUGGACAAGAAGUCAUCCACAGUCAGUGAGGAUGUGGAGGCCACUGUGCCCAUGCUGCAGCGGACCAAGUCACGGAUUGAGCAGGGCAUCGUGGACCGAUCAGAGACAGGAGUGCUGGACAAGAAGGAAGGGGAGCAGGCAAAGGCACUGUUUGAGAAGGUGAAGAAGUUUCGGACCCACGUGGAGGAGGGGGACAUCGUAUACCGCCUCUAUAUGCGGCAGACCAUCAUCAAGGUGAUCAAGUUUAUCCUCAUCAUCUGCUACACUGUCUACUAUGUGCACAAUAUCAAGUUCGAUGUGGACUGCACUGUGGACAUUGAGAGCCUGACCGGUUACCGCACCUACCGGUGUGCCCACCCUCUGGCCACACUUUUCAAGAUCUUGGCAUCCUUCUACAUCAGCCUGGUCAUCUUCUAUGGUCUCAUCUGCAUGUACACACUGUGGUGGAUGUUGCGGCGCUCCCUCAAGAAGUACUCGUUUGAGUCCAUUCGAGAGGAGAGCAGCUACAGCGACAUCCCAGAUGUCAAGAACGACUUCGCCUUCAUGCUGCACCUCAUUGACCAAUACGACCCACUCUACUCAAAGCGCUUUGCUGUCUUCCUGUCUGAAGUGAGUGAGAACAAGCUGCGGCAGCUUAACCUCAACAACGAGUGGACGCUGGAGAAGCUGCGCCAGCGGCUCACCAAAAAUGCCCAGGACAAGCUGGAGCUACACCUGUUCAUGCUCAGUGGCAUUCCUGACACCGUGUUUGACCUGGUUGAGCUAGAGGUCCUGAAGCUGGAACUGAUCCCUGAUGUGACCAUCCCACCCAGCAUUGCCCAGCUCACAGGCCUUAAGGAACUGUGGCUGUACCACACAGCAGCCAAGAUCGAGGCUCCUGCUCUGGCCUUCCUGCGUGAGAACCUCCGGGCACUGCACAUCAAGUUCACCGACAUCAAGGAGAUCCCACUGUGGAUCUACAGCCUGAAGACACUGGAGGAGCUGCACUUGACGGGCAACCUGAGUGCAGAGAACAACCGCUACAUUGUCAUUGAUGGGCUUCGGGAGCUCAAGCGCCUCAAGGUGCUGCGGCUCAAAAGCAACCUGAGCAAGCUACCACAGGUGGUCACAGAUGUGGGCGUGCACCUGCAGAAGCUUUCCAUCAACAACGAGGGCACCAAGCUCAUUGUCCUCAACAGCCUCAAGAAGAUGGUGAACCUGACGGAGCUGGAACUGAUCCGCUGUGACCUGGAGCGCAUCCCUCACUCCAUCUUCAGCCUCCACAACCUGCAGGAGAUUGACCUAAAGGACAACAAUCUCAAGACCAUUGAGGAGAUCAUUAGCUUCCAGCAUCUGCACCGCCUCACCUGCCUUAAGCUGUGGUACAACCACAUCGCCUACAUCCCCAUCCAGAUCGGCAACCUCACCAACCUCGAGCGCCUCUACCUGAAUCGCAACAAGAUCGAAAAGAUUCCUACCCAGCUCUUCUACUGCCGCAAGCUGCGCUACCUGGACCUCAGCCACAACAACCUGACCUUCCUUCCUGCUGACAUCGGCCUCCUGCAGAACCUCCAGAACCUGGCUGUCACGGCCAAUAGGAUCGAGGCACUCCCCCCAGAACUCUUCCAGUGCCGGAAGCUGCGGGCUCUGCACCUGGGCAACAAUGUACUGCAGUCGCUGCCCUCGAGAGUGGGUGAGCUGACCAACCUGACGCAGAUUGAGCUUCGGGGCAACCGGCUGGAGUGCCUACCCGUGGAGCUGGGCGAGUGCCCACUGCUCAAACGCAGUGGCCUGGUGGUGGAGGAGGACUUGUUUAGCACGCUGCCGCCAGAGGUGAAGGACCGGCUAUGGAGAGCUGAUAAGGAGCAGGCCUGAGCAGAGCAGAGGAGCAGCAAGGACCCUCAGCGUGCCCUCCGGCGAAGUGGGCAGUUCAGUUCUCCCAGGACUGCUGGACAGCCAGCCGGGUCCAGCCAGGUUCAGCCAUGCAGAACCUGGGCCAGGCAUAAGCUGGGCCAGGCCAGAAGACAGGAACUGAGGGGCUGGCCCCUUUUCUCCCUCUGGGACUCAUACACCCAGGGCAGGCACUUGCUGGAGACCAGAAACUCUGAGACUAGUCUCCGAGUACAGUAUUUGGACAAUCAGGGUCUUCACCCUGGAGGCCGUCUCUGCCUCAGGGGCUGAGCUGGCACCAGAGGCCCAGGGACAGUAACUUAGAUUUGGGUAUUUAUUUUUGCCACUUCCCAUCUCCUCCCUCCAGAUAACUUAUACAUUCCCAAGAAGGUCUGGGUCUGGGAAGUUUUUAAGAGACCUGUAGGGUUUGCCUUUCCUUUCAGGUGAUACUGACAGAAACAAUGCCCACCCAGACUUAGGCAGAGCCAACCGCAGGACGGUCACCUUAUUGGCACAGGGCUAGGAUCUGGCAGCGAAGCUUGUGGGAGUCCAGGCCUCCAGGUGGAAGGGUCAGGCCUGGGGCUUGCCCCAUCAGUUUUUGAAGAAAUUUUAGGGUUUUUUUUUUUGUUUUGUUUUGUUUUGAUUUUUUUUUAAGCUUUGAAAAUGAUGGUUUGGGUAUUAAAAAAAAAAAACUAAAAAUAAAAAAAGACACUAAAGGCCAGUGAGUUGAAGUCUCAGGAUGGGUGGUAUUUCCCCAUGAGCAAAGCAGCAAGACAUUGAAGGAAACUUCCUGUCCCUGUGGUGUGGGCCAGGAUGUUUUCCUGUCUGUCCUGACCUUGGUCCAGGGGAGCUGUUUGUUCUUCUCUUCUCCCGGGCAGGCAGGGCUUUUAUUUUUGUUUGCUUUUAGGGUUUUUUUUUUU